ACCGCAGAAAAUAAAAACAAUUUUAAGUAUAUUGUAUAAAAAAGUUGCAAAAUUAAUUAUUUAAAUUAAUUGUGCUAAAGUGUUAAGUGCUUGGAAUAACAAGAGCAACGUCUGAGCUUUAUUGAAAAUGGCAUUCUUUCGCAAAUGGAAAACCCACUACAAACACAAAAAGUUCACAUCGGAUGAUGUGGUUGAUGAGAGUGAUUACAAUUCAAAGAAACAAUCAAACCAGCCAAAUAUUGAAAAUAUGAAAUUAGAUAUAGAUUGCCUAAGUUCAGAUGAUGAAUUAAAUGAUGAUCCUAUAUUUGAGUCCUACGAUAUUAAGUACCUAGGUUGUACGCCAAUUGAUGCGAAGAGAUCAGAAAAAUUAACAUCUGAAGCGAUCAAAACAGUUAUAGCAAAUUCUAAAGCUGGGGGACGUAAAAAUAAAACCCAAAAACGUGUUAAACUCAAUAUAUCAGAGGAUGGGCUUGAAGUACUUGAUUUCCAGACACAAGAAACGCUUUUACGAUUUUCGAUUUAUAAAAUUUUCUAUUGUACUGUGGAUGCAGCGCAUGACCAUACAUUUUCUUUUGUAAGCUCCGAAAAAGAUACUCUAACCGAACAAGAGAAAUUGUCGUGCCAUGUCUUCUACUGUCGAAAACGUAAGGUUGCGCAUGAGAUUACAUUAAUGGUGGCACGCUGUUUUGAGCAUGCAUAUCAGCAUUGGCGAGACGCAGUCAUCCAAAAUCAGAAAAGUAAUAGCGUUGACUUAACAGAUAAUGCAAUCCGAAAACAAGUGCUAAAAGAGCAAAACGUUAAUGGCAAAAUCGAAUCACGAGCUGAGGUUCAUCAGCAUAAUAACGAUGAACUCAAAACCGAUCAUCUUUUAAUCGAUUUAGCUGCUCCCGAUAAUGACAUGCGAAAAUAUUUACAAAAUACUUGGGUUUCGUUCGAUGACGAUGGACGAGAUGGUGGACAGUUGGUGGCUUGUUAAGUGAAACUCGAAUUUCUUAUUCU